AAUUGAAGAUCCCAAGUUUAAGAUGGAUUCAUCUAUCGUAGUACACAGCGAGAUCUCUCCUGUCUUCCUUGGGACUCUCAAAUUCUCUGCCGUCCUGAGUGAAAAUGUACGGAUACUGAGUUAGCUCGGGAGUACGGACGCGUUGGCUCAGCGGAAGUUGAUAGUUGACGCUUCAAUGGCCAGUCGCUGUUCGACAUUGCUCCUCAUCUUCUUCUUCCUCGCUUCUCUCCUCAGCGUCGUGGUUCACUGUAAAACUCUCAAGCGCGAUGUGAAAGCUCUGAAAGAGAUUAAGGCAUCUCUUGGAUGGAGGGUGGUGUAUGCUUGGGUUGGAGAUGAUCCUUGUGGAGACAAUGACUUACCCCCAUGGGCUGGGGUUACAUGCUCCACUCAAGGUGAUUACCGAGUAGUUACUGAAUUGGAAGUCUAUGCAGUUUCAAUUGUUGGUCCUUUUCCAAAUGCUGUAACAAACUUGUUGGAUCUUACUAGACUGGAUAUACAUAAUAACAAGCUGACUGGUCCAAUACCACCUCAAAUUGGGCGCUUGAAGCGUCUUAAAAUACUUAAUAUAAGGUGGAAUAAGUUGCAAGAUGUCAUUCCUCCUGAAAUAGGGGAACUAAAGCAGUUAACACAUCUUUACCUGAGUUUCAAUAAUUUUAAGGGUGAAAUCCCUAAGGAGAUUGCUUAUCUUCCUGAACUCCGUUAUCUUCAUCUCCACGAAAAUCAUUUCGUCGGACGAAUCCCACCUGAGUUGGGCACUUUACCAAAUCUUCGACACUUGGAUGUUGGUAACAAUCGGCUGGUUGGGACAAUUAGGGAGCUCAUACAUAUAGAGGGGUGCUUUCCUGCUCUUCGCAACCUUUAUUUGAACAACAAUUAUCUUACCGGAGGCGUUCCUUCUCAACUUGCAAAUUUGACAAAGUUGGAGAUUUUGCAUCUUUCAUACAACAGAAUGACUGGUGCAAUACCAGCCAGCCUUGGCCAUAUUCGUAAAUUAACUUAUUUUUAUGUGGACCACAACCAAUUUUCUGGUCGGAUUCCUUAUGCGUUCUACAAACAUCCUUUCUUGAAAGAAAUGUACAUCCAAGGAAACUCAUUCCGGCCUGCAGGUGCAAAUCCCAUCGGGGUCCACAAAGUCCUAGAACUUUCCGACUCGGACUUCCUAGUUUAAUUUAGAACAUAAAAUAUAUACACAUUAUUCAUUAGUUGUUUAGCUGCUGAUAGUUGGGAUACAGUUAAGUUUUGGCAGAAAUCAGUGGCCGGGCGGCGGCCAAGUGCUGGAUCGGAGCAAUCUGAGCUGAGAGUGCCUAUUAUUCUUUAUUACCUGUAGAGGUCAAAGUAUUGUAUUUGUUAUCUUUGCUGUUGAUCUGAUGAAAACCAGUCUGCACUUUUUGAAAUAAUUCUCCAUCUGUACAUGUAAUCACACCACGUUUUACU